AUGGAGCAAAUGAUGGUCGAAUAUGACGAUUGCUCGAAUGCCGGCCACGGGCAUAUGUUCCCAGAAUUUCACUCUGAUACACCAACAACCGAUCCUCGAGCCUAUCAGGUGAUCAACCCAAUCCCACUUCAGGGGAAAAUAUCCAAAUAUCUGCCUUCUAAGCCAACCAUUAUUAUCCUAUACAAAUAUAAGAACGAGUUACUCACCAUAGAUGAACGCGCCCGACAACAAGAUCAUCAACGACAGGAGGUGCGAGGAGCUGGCCAAGAGCCUGGACAGCUUCGCGAGCUCGGAGGCCUCACCCCUCCCCCAGGAGUGAUGAGAAUGGACACGCUCACGACCAAGAAGACGAGCAAGAGCACGUUCGCGGUAGGUGUGGGAGUGGUUACUCUUGUCCCGUUACGGCGGGAUAUUGAAGUGGUGUCCAAUCAGCAAAGAGAUAAUGAACCGGCGUUUCUCUGGUAUGUGUAG